CGCACGCCGGCGCUCCGAGGCCGCGCUUCCUACAUGCCAUCCCGGUCCCGGGCCGGGCGGUUCGCUCACUCCGCCACCGCCUCCCUCGGUGGAGACUUUCCCGUGCCCCCAGCCCCGGGUCACAAGCGCUGGAGGAAGCAGUCCGCGCGGCCGGGGUCGUGGAGCCCCCAUUACCCGGCCGGCCGUCCAAGACCAAGCCGGACCCUCCGCCGCCCCGGUGAGUCCUUACCUCAAGAUGUUAGCAUGAAGAGUUGUUUUCAGGCCUGCCCUGUGCCCCUCCCGGUUUCAACAGGUGCAGAGAUGAAGAUGUGGUCUGGGAAGAGAGAGACUUGCCACAGUAGUCGAUGGAGCCUGUGGAAGCACAUGGAAAGGACAGCUGAGCUGGGACCUCUCAGCCGUCUGCACGGGACGCCUCACACUUGCUAGAAGCCGCCCCUGGAGAGGUCAGCUGCUGUUCUGCGAGGGUGGCGCUAGGGGUUUUGUUCGGCGCGUCUAAUUUUCUGCUGCUACUGCCUGUCUAUUUAUGUUCUUUCUUUGAGCCCGGCCUUGCCCUGAGCCCACGGGCACGAUGGCCCAGUCCAAGGCCAACGGCUCACACUAUGCACUGACGGCCAUCGGCCUGGGGAUGCUGGUCCUCGGGAUCAUCAUGGCCAUGUGGAACCUGGUACCCGGGUUCAGCGCCGCUGAAAAGCCAACGGCUCAGGGGAACAACAAGACGGAGACAGGCAGCGGCAUUCUCAAGAGCAAGACCUUCUCCGUGGCCUACGUGCUGGUUGGGGCUGGGGCAAUGCUGCUUUUGCUGUCCAUCUGCCUGAGCAUCCGGGACAAGAGGAAGCAGCGGCGGGGCGAGGAGAUGGCAAACAUCCAGGGUCAGCAUGGGGCCGAGCCUCAUGCUCAGGAGGAAGACAGCCAGGAGGAGGAGGAGGCCUCAUCAAGGUACUAUGUCCCCAGUUACGAGGAAGUGAUGAACACAAACUACUCGGAAGCCCAGGACCUGGACCAGAACCCAAGGAUGAGCAUCUCUCUGCCCUCCUACGAGUCCUUGACAGGGCCCGAGCAGACGAGCCCCACGACCACCAGGGCCGCGGCGGAGGCCAGCCCUGGGGGCCCGCCUGACAGGCAGAACUCCAAGUUGGCCAGACGCCUGAAGCCGCUGAAAGUUCGGAGGAUUAAAUCCGAAAAGCUCCACCUCAAAGACUUCAGGAUCAACCUCCCAGACAAAAAUGUGCCUCCUCCCUCCAUAGAGCCUUUGACUCCCCCGCCCCAGUAUGAUGAGGUCCCGGAGAAGGUCCCAGACGCCCGGCCACCUGACUGAAGCCCCCCUCAGGCGUGUUCCCUCCUGGCACUCACCCUUCACACCGACAGACCCCCAGUGAAGCCACUGCAGCCAGUUAAGAAGCGGAGGGGCCAGAUGCACACUGAGCAGUUGGGGUCAGGGGUGGGGUGGGGGGGUCCCUGCAACUCAGGGGUGGCUGUGACGGCCACGGCACCUCACAUAGCAGGCACAUCGGGGAGACGCGUCUGGGACCCCGUGACGUUGUGGACAGGGGGAGGCAUCUUCCCCAGGUUUCUCUUCAACUCUGAAUUGUUGGCCACCAUACUCCUUUCCAGUUCAGAAAGGAUACCUAGCAACUGGUUUAGAUGGUGAUUUUUGUUUUGCUUCCACUAGGACUGUUUUGUUUCAAAAAGAAAAACAAACUAUGCCUUUACUUUCUUCACUGGAGUCCUGAACUAUGGGUAAGAAAUAUGACUCAGCUUUGUAGGAAGGACACAGGCCGUUUGGUGAUUUAAGCAAACCCAGAGGCUGAAUGAUUACGUGGGGGUGGGGCUCUCCCAGAGCCCCAGAUACCGUUGUUUCUUUGAGGGCCCAAGGCCUGAUGACACAGAAGGUCACAGUCUUUACUGAUACAUUGUCCUGGUCUCCUGUGUAAGAGGAAAACUGUACGAGAUGACUCUGUUCCUUCUAAAAUGCCAUGCACCUGAGCAUUUUUGUAAUAAAAUAUUUUAUAUGUAGUA